AUGAGUGGGACUAAUGAACAUGAAUCCAAACUGGACGAGACCCUGGAUCCCAUCAGACCUCUGUCUAUAGGAACUGGGGAAAUGUCAUAUAUUUACGGAAGAGACCCGAGUAUCUUGUCAUAUGGACAACGACCUGGACCUUCUGUAGAAACGAAGAAAAACCUGUAUUCGGUGUACGAGGUUGAGGAAACUGUUGCAAGUUUGGACGUGUCAUCGGCGCAGACAAUAAAGGUUUACUUGAGGUUAAAGCCAUUCAACAAAAAUGUGAAGCUUACAGCCCAGGAGGAAGAUGCUUACCGUAUCACCAGUUCCUCGACUUUGCUUACCAAGCUACCCAGUCAAGAUUCACAUUCCUCUAUCAGGUCAUCGUCAGCUGACUUGGUGUGUCGGAAGUACAUCUUCACUGAAACUUUUGGCCCUGAAGUUUCGCAGGGACAAUUUUUUGAACGGGUUUUGCAACCACAAAUGCCUGAUUUUUUGACAGGACAAAAUGCUACGAUUAUGACUUAUGGUACAACAAACUCCGGGAAAUCAUUUACUCUCCAAGGUACUGCUAUGGAACCCGGCCUAAUUCCUCGAAGUCUAGAGCACAUAUUUGCAAACAUCAACCCAAAAGAAGCACCUCACUUCAAACCACUGAAUCACAGCGAAGUGGUUAAAUUAUCCUCAUCUGAAAAGAUCUUGGAAAUAGAGAACAAAACCAAACUGCUGACCUACGGAUCAACAGAUCGAAAUCAAUAUAUAAACGCUUUUAAAAAAAUGCAACAAGUACUUGAAAAAGAAGUUCCAGAGUUUCGAGCUCGCGAGUCUACAGACGCUCACUGUGCAGUCUGGGUCUCGUUUGCUGAAAUUUAUAAUGAGACCAUUUACGACCUACUGUCCAAUGAUACAUCCAAACGCCGUCCAAUUUUGAAACUCGCGACUGACAACCAAGGCGCGACUUAUAUCAAAGGAUUGAAGUCAGUUUUUGUAAAUUCUAGCUGUGAAGCCUACCAAGUCUUGAUGGCCGGACAGUAUAAUCUAAAAGUAGCUGCUACAGCAUUGAAUGCGCGUAGUUCACGUUCUCAUUGUAUAUUCACUAUCAGGUUGUUGCGAUAUUUUUCUGAAAAUGAUAUUAAGUCUGUCGAGAUGAGCACGUUCACUUUCUGCGAUUUAGCUGGCUCUGAACGAUUGAAGAAAACUCUAAACAUUGGAGAUCGUUUGAAAGAAGCGCAAAAUAUUAAUACGAGUCUAAUGGUUUUGGGACGUUGUUUAAAGUCUAUCUACGAAGUACAGACAGUGAAGCAGCAGCGUAGUGAAGUAAUUGGACCGUUCCGUGAGUCAAAAUUAACCAGACUCUUCCAGACGGCUUUGUCUGGCAAAGAACCAAUUGCCUUGAUUGUAAAUGUAAACCCAUCGCCAAAUUUAUACGUUGAGACGCAAAACGUCCUAAAUUUUGCUGCGAUAGCCAAAAAAAUAAUCAUCCAACCAAAAUUGAAGAAAACUCGCAGGUCAAAGACCAGAUUUUCGCAUCUUGUUUUACAAACUAAAAAUACUAUCACUGAUUGGGACGAGCCACCUACUGAAUGUGACCUUGAAAGUAUUGAUGAUCAAUCCUCCGUUGAAGACAUGGGAUACGUACCAGCUGAAGACUACGAACAAGUGCUGGAAGAAAAUGAAAAAUUGCGCAAAGAAAUUGCUCAGAUAAAAUCUGCAGCAUUUAAAAAAGAUCUGGCUACGCGUGAGGAAAUCAGCAAAUAUUACAUGACGACUAUCAAGAAGAUGGAAGAAGACCAUCAAGCUAGGUUGCGUAAUAUAGAAGCCGAGCAUCAGACUCUUCAUGAAUGGGAGCUGGAUAAAGUUGAAACUUUCUAUCAAAACAAACUGCAGGCAGUUAAAUCCUAUAAAAGGAAACGCUCUGAAGAUUAUGAUGAUGAAGAUGAUGAUGAUGAUGAUGACAUGGACACAAGCAAAGGUGAAUUAGAAAUACAAGUACGGCAACUUAAUUCAAAAGUUGAUGAACUGAAGGAUAAAUUGAAGCAAGCGUUGAAGGAAAAAGAUGAGAUAUUAGUUCAGAAAAAUUCAGCUACUUAUGAACUCAGUCUUGCUAAAGAAGAACUUAAGACAACUAUGAACGUUGUUGUGGCGUUAGAAAAUUCACAUGUCAAUGGAAAAAAUGAAGCUUACAUAGAAGAACUUAAACAGCAGCUCAGUGAUUGCGAAAAGAAGAAGAAACUUCAUGAGUAUACAUUAAAUGAGGCUAAAAAAGACUUUAUUGAAAUGAGAAAUGAAAUUGAUAGCAAAAAUAGCCAGAUUAAUAAAUUGGAGAUUGAAUUGGCGCAUAAAGAUGAAGAGCUCUGUGACUUACGGCAAGAGUUUCACAAUACUGAAGAUACUCUGAGCCAGAAAGAAAUUAUUCUUAGAGAGUAUGAAGAGAUUAUUGAUAGUCAGAGCCAGAAACUGCUGAAGCUUAAGGAGGAGCAUGAAAACUUGAAACAAUUGUAUAAGGAGAGCUCUAAAGAAACUGUCCUGGAAAUUCAGGAAAGAAAUUCUGAUGCUAAUGAAAUUAUUGGUGACCUGGAAGAUAAAUUAGAGGCUGCUGAAAAUGAAAUUGUUUUGUUGAAAGAAAAAGUAGCGGAUAAAAUUGUUAUGAUUGAUGAACUUGAGCGUAAGCUGAUGGAGUCUGAGGAUAAUUGUCAUGAUUUGAAAGAACGGUUGGAUAAAAUUAUGGAGUACACGAUGGCUAAGCCAAAUACUUCUGUUGAAGAGGAAGUUGCUACCCAGACCAGCCCGGUUAAGGUUGGCAAGGAUGAUGUGAAGGAGGUUAAGGAAGUUUGUGAUGGAAAUAGUCAGACUACUUCACCGAGCACUGCAAGUCAGAGCAAUCAGACCAGUUUUAUUGAAUCAGUUGAUCAUAAAUCUCUUCAGACGUCGUUUAGUAUUGAUAGUGACAGGGUAGAUGUUAUUGAAAGCCUUUUGGAGGAAGAGAGGAAUAAAUUCUUUGAAAUGGAGGCCAAGUACAAAGAAGAACUGGAACGUGUGACGGAACUGUCUGAUGAGUUGGAGAAUGUGAAGAAUCGGUUGGUUAAAAUGGAAGUAGUGGAAAAAUCUAGUGAGUUUAAUGAAAAGAAAAUUUCAGAGUACUUGGCUGAGAUUGAGACAUUAAAGGCGACUAUUGAGGAACUGGAGGGGCAAAAUGAAUCUUUGAAAACUUCUAGGGAUUAUUAUAGGAGCGAUCUUGGUAAUAUUGAAAAAGAGCUGUCGGAAGCCAAGAAGAAGGUUGUAAGAUUUACGAGUGAAUUGAAUGAAAAGGAGAAUGUUAAGGCUGAGCUGGAGAGGAAGUUGGAGGAAUACGAGCAGCGUGUUGAAGGUCUUAGAGAAGAAAAUGUUAAAUUGAUGGAAUUGAAAGAAGCUUGUGAAAGCGAGCUUAAAAAGAAAGAAGAAGAAUUGGCUGAAGCGAGGAAUAAAAUUGAUUUUAUUAAAAAUGAUUUGGAGGUUAAAGAACGUCUGGCGAGUUCAGUUGAAAAGGAACUGGAGGCUAAGAAAGAAUUGGAAAGGCAAAUUGAAGAGUUGAACGGAGAAAUUAAUCGAAUUAGUGAAAAAAAUAAAGUACUGCAGAAGUCGAAAGAGGAGUCGAAUGCUAUGGAUAAAUUGAAGGAAGAAUUGUCUGCUAAGCAACAAGAAUUGGAGAAAGCUAAGAAGGAGUUAGAGGGAAAGAUUGAAGAAUUGGAGAAGACGCUGGGAGAGAAGGAUAGAGAGAUUAAUGAUCUUCAGAAAGAAAUAAAAGACUCGAUUAAGUUACAAGCUAAUGAUGUCACUGAGAAGGAGUUGAAGUUGAUGAUUAAAGAGCGCGAUGAAGCGAAAGAAAAGUUGUCUGAGCUUGAUAAAUUGAAUAAAAAAUUACAGACUAAAAUUAAUAACAUGGAUCGUGUAAUUGAUGAGCUUAAAAAAGAGGUUAAGAAGUACAAAGAAGAAAAGGAUGAAUUUAGUAAUCUUGAAGCUAAUUAUCAGAAGACUAUUGAAGGUAAAGAACACGAGCUGGAAACUUUUAAAAAGCAUCAAGAAGAAACGAUUAAGAGGUAUGAAAAUUUAGUUAAAAGUAAAGAUGAUGACUUGGAAAAGCAGAAAAGAGAAGUCAAGAAAAUGCAGGAAACUUUCCUAGUCAAAGGCCACAACACGCCUAGAGAUGACUUCCGGGCUCCUUCCAGUGAUCGAUCUCAGUAUAAAUUAAGAGAAAACAAGCCUCCUAAAGAAGAAACUUCUGAAGAUGAGUCUGUUACCGAACGACGAGGCAGGAGAGCGCGCAAAGUACUCGAACCAACUUCUCCCAUUCCGAAUGUAACUAUCGAUGAAAUAUCUGAGACAGAAUCAACGAGAUCUCUUCGUAAAACAACAGCUAAAGCGUGUCCGUCAACGGGUAGAAAAACUCGGGGAAGAAGAUUAUAUACCGCGGUUGAAGACGGAGUAAUAGCAAUCGAAAUGACUCCUGAGAAUGCACCGUCCCCAUCGCCAACUCCAUCGACGCGCUCUCUAAGAACGCGUAGGAAUAAAUGA